ACAGGCACCGUUGCCACUCCUAGCGAAACCAUUCGGUAACCAAUGCGUUGUAUUGUCGAUGAAGACAGGACGCGUCGCGACCCGGAACGAGGAACCGUUGAUGGAAAGGUGAUACUCGUUACAGCACAAACAUCAGGCCAAUCUAGCCAAUCCAUUAUCGGGACCCUUUGCCUCCCCGGCCUGUCAGGAAUGGCUGCGAUCAGGCUUGUUGGGAACGGUUUAGCUACCGUGGCGGCUAGAGUUUCGCCAACAGCAAUCAUCGUUUUCUCCACAGUGACUCAGUCGCCAGAUAAACAGCCUGCGAGCGGCCAGAUACUGGGUCCGUCAGACUGCGGCACCAGAAACAAGUUGUACGUAACGCAGGCUGGUUGUAGGGUGUUGUGGUCUGUGGAUGGAUGGAAGUACGGUGUAUUCGCCCCUGGUCCGCCCUGAAUAGCACAAACAGAGACGUCAUCUAACGAACGCUAAUUAGUGUACACGUGUGUGUGUGUUAGUAGAAAAAAGAGUUGCUGUCGACGAGGCUACAUGUUCUUGAAGCAGUAACUCAGUAACAGUAACUGUUCAGCGAAUCCAUCGUUGUUGACAAGCGCGGGCCCAGAGGCUGGGUGUUGGAGUGCACACCCCCUUUCCUGGAACUGCAAAGUGUCGUGAAAGUCAAGUAUUUGAGAGCUCCAUCUCUACCGCGCACUAUGGACGACUCGGCAUGGGUGAGUGCUGACCGGUGCGGCUUGUGUUGGGGAUCAGUAGACUACAGAGAUGUCUGCCAAAUAUCACCGACUGAGGAAGCGAAACACCCGCUCCUGUGAGGACCUGCCGAGGCACAGCUCCUCGGAGGACUUGCCGCGUCACAGUUCUUAUGAGGACAUCCCGACUCAGACAUACAUGGCAAUGGGUGAAGCGGGCGUGAAGGUAUCGAAAGGGGCACCAAGAUGGCGGGAUGUACGAGUCGUAAUGGCAGUAAUGGCGUUCGUCAUCCUGGCUCUCCUCAUAGCGUUAGUCGUGAUGGUCAUAAGGCAGAACGCUCUACCUUACUGCGACACAGCUAACGGCGUCAUUCCCCGCAACUGGGACAACCCUGGCAUCUUUGAAGACCUCACCCCCAAUGAAAUGAAGACCGUGCGGGACUACAUGCUGGGGAUUGAGUCGCUUAACCUCCAACCUCACGAAACAGCUACAUUAAACAGCAGUUACAUUUAUCUGAUUGAUCUUCAAAUUUCUUUAAAAUCGGCUGUUAGGCAGUACUUAGACCGCGGCCACAGAAAACCCGGCAGAGCUGCCAAGGUGAUUUUAUUUCGAGGUGACAUGACAACUCCUAGGAUAGAAGAGUAUCUCGUAGGACCGCUGCCCAAACCCACGUAUUACCAUCUGGUGGCUAACCCUUCUUACAGGAGAAUCCCUAUACCAUUCACCAGCCGAAUGGUAGACUCAAUAGAAUACAAAUAUUUGUACAGCAUGGUAACCGAACUUUCAAAGAAAUUGUAUCCAAUAUUUCGAGAAAGCUACGGGCGUCAUUAUCACAACUGCACAAAGGGCAUUGACUGUUUGAUUUUCUUCGAUAUUGGACCGAGGGGCGUCAAGAGUGGGGACCGGAAGACCUGGUUCUGGGCCUUCAGAGACGUGGAAGGCUAUUACUUGCAUCCACUGGGGUUCGAGAUACUGAUUGACCACCACUCGGUCGACCCGAGUCAGUGGGCUGUCCUCAAAGUCGUGUACAACGGGCAGAUGUUUGCCACAGUGGACGGGCUGCUGGAGGCGUAUAGAGGGGGCGGAGUGAUGAAGCUACACCUUCACAUGGACAAGUUUGACGCAGACUACUCGUCAUACAAGCGGAGAGGGCCGGGACAUUACGAUGUUCCACGACAAGGCCCGAGGCUGUUCGAGCCGGAAGGACGCAGGUUCAGCGUGGACGGCCAGCACGUGCAGUAUUUCGGCUGGAAUAUGAACUACCGAAUCAGAACCUCCACGGGACUUCAGCUGUUUGACGUGCGCUUCCAAGGGGAGAGAAUCGCGUACGAAAUCAGCCUGCAGGACGCCACGGUGUUCUAUGCCGGCUAUGGGCCGGUGGCCAUCACCGGGAAUUACUACGACACCUCGUGGCUCCUCGGCGGCUCUCUGUUCGAGCUGGUGCCCGGAGUGGACUGCCCGACCACGGCUUCGUUUCACGACGCCUAUCACUUCUUUGACGACUCGGGUCCGAAACACUACAAGAACGUGGUUUGCAUCUUUGAACAGAACUCCGGCCUGCCUCUGAGGCGCCACUACGCCAAUGACUUCCAGGGAGGGUAUGGCUUCUACGGCGGGCUGGCAGGAUACAGCCUGGUGGUGAGAACCAUCACAAACGUGUGGAAUUAUGACUAUAUAUUCGACUACAUCUUUCAUCUCAAUGGCGUUAUCGAGAUCAAAGUAUCGGCUACUGGUUAUCCCCAGGCGACGUUUGCGUUAGAGGAGGAAAGAAGAUACGGGGGUCUGAUCUAUGACACUGUGGUGGCCAAUUUUCACCAGCAUUUGUUCCACUAUAAAGUUGAUCUGGACAUAGUUGGUACGAAAAAUCGUUACGCCACUAUAGAUAUAUCCCGCGAAACGAUCCCAAACCCGUGGAUGCCAGGUGCCAAUAAAACUCAGAUGCGAUUUGACACUAAACUGAAAACGAGCGAAAUCCACGCGGCUUCUCAAUACGACUUUGACAAGCCGAAAUAUCACAUAGUUUACAACGACAAAGCCAGCAACCGCUUCGGCAGCCACCGCGCGUACCGCAUCGACCACAGGUCUAUGUCCAAGUUCCUUCUCGACGGCGUCGACGUCACCCAGGCAGCCGGCUGGGCCAAGUACCAAAUGGCUGUCACGAAAUACGACGACAUUGAAGAAACCAGCUCAUCCAUUUAUGCUCAAAAUGAACCCUGGGACCCCGUGCUCGACUUUCGGCGAUUCGUCGAGAACGAUGAUUCCCUAGUGGACGAAGACUUGGUGUUCUGGCUGACCGCGGGGAUUCACCACAUCCCCCACUCCGAGGACGUGCCAUCAACCGCCACGGCAGCCAACCAGUUCAGCAUCUAUCUGCGACCGUUCAACUACUUCGACGAGUGCCCCAGUAUGGUGGUUAGUGACGCCGUGCACAUACAGCCUGAAGACAAUUACCAGAAGAUCACCGUAGACACGUUCGGGACGUCCACCACAUCAACGUGUGUACCCGCGGCGGGGGCCAGGGUUAGUGAAUUCAAUGGUACAAGACCUGUCGUCUGAUGUUCAAUCUGCUCACGUCUGCUGUAUACUAGUACAAGACCUCUCGUCUACUGUUCAGUCUGUUCACGUGUGCUGUGUCCAUGUUACAAGAAGACCUGUCGUCUGAUGUUCCAUCUGUUCACGUCUGAUGUGUCCAUGGUACAAGACCUGUCUAAUGUUUCAAUCUAUUCACGUCUGCUGUGUUUUUGUUGAAUGAACUUCAUGCAACACCUUAAGUUAUCAUGACACACAAACAACAAUAUGAUGACACUUUUAGUCAUUCGCACUAUUAUAGAACAUUGACAAGAAUAUUUACCUAAAAUUUGUUCUGUUCGCAGUUGAAUGGGUUUUAUUUAUUAUGUCGUCAUUUCUAUUCAUUAUGGUGUUAAAGAAUAACGUGCUAUAUUUUGUUUCUAUCUAAAACAUUUGUACUAAUCUAGGUAAAUUUGACAACUUUAACAUGGCGUCAAAAGUAUUGCUUGUAGACACUUAAUUAUUCUAGAGAACACUUCCAGUUUUUGUUUUUGGUUCAGUAUGCAACUUAAUAAACUAUACUUCUGUUA